AUGAAAACUAGAACAGGUACUGAAGCUAUUGUCGAAGUACAACGUACCGAGAAGCUAAAAAGACGAGCCAUUUCGCAAGGGAGGACAGUGGCAGAAUCGGCUAUGAUCAGAGCGUUUAACGCUCAGUUGGCUGAAUAUAGCUCUGAGCUCAAGAAAGCUCUGCAGGAUGAUAGUGUCGGUCUCCAGGAUAAGUACUGGCCAGUUUCUGUAUUUAAUGUAGACACCAAUAUUUCCCAAGAAGAAGCUGUUCUUGCUUAUUGUAGGAACGAUGGAGUGAAAGGUGGUUUAUUCAAGUAUGUUGAAGGAUUGAUUGAGCGUAAGAUGAAAAAUUUUGCUAUACGCGAAGCGAGUAAGCUUCGGGUUGUUCUCAAGGAGAUGCAAUGUUUCGGAGUUCCGGUUGAUGAAGAUGUAGAAGUUGAGUUUUCUCCGACUAAAGAUGCGAAUUGUCGUGUGGGUGGGAAGAGGAAGUCUGUACUUGGUCAUAGCGGAGAAACAUCUUAUGAGAUGAAGAAACGUCCUAAACAAAAUAAGUAG